AUGAUUGGAAACGAUUCAUCACUGCAGGAUAGCUCAAACAAAUCCAUUCCGAGACGAAAGAAGUGGUUCUAUUUCAUUCAAUACUUUUUGCUUUUUAUAUUAUUUGCACAUGGUAUUCGGUCAGGCUUCUUUACUCUUCUCAACCGAAGUCAAUUCAAAUCUGGAGCAACAAAUACAUUCUGUUCGAGAGCAACACCAGAUUCAGUUCGUGACAAGCUUGUCAAGACAGGACACAAAUCUUCCGAAACUGAUGUUCUCAUCACACAAAAAGGAUUAAAUGUUUUUAGUGACAAAGACUUUAACGAAUUGAAAGAGAAGCAUCAUUUGUGUGAUUAUCCACCUGGAUUGCAAUUUUCAAAAGUCAUUUGGCUCUUCACUGAUGGAUUACCUGUCAAGUACAGCAAGAAGACAUUUGAUCAUUUCAGAGAUCAUAGGGUGUUAUAUACCAUUGAUGUUCCUGGUCCAAAAUAUUCACAUGCUAUUUAUACGAGCUACAUGACAGGUCAGUUGCCAACAAAUUAUCAAGGCAAUGCAAUUGAAGGAGAUAGCUUGGUAAAAUCCAUGCAAAGAAGUCCCGAGAUGGGUCCUUUGACAUAUAUUGGUCCAGAAUGGAGUUUCUUGGCCAUCCAUGGCUCAAAGAAUUACGAAAAAUUAUUUAAAAGAAUUGUUAUUAAGGAGGAGCCCUUAGAUCAGCCGCAUGACCAAGGCUAUCGAUUUUUCUUCUCGAACGAGGAUGCAAGAAAAUUCUUUCACGAAACAUUGGACACAAUUAAGGCUGAAGGUGGAUCAUUAUUUACACACUCUGCAAUUUUUGAUCAUAUCAACCAUGGUAUUUUCAGACAUGAUCCAACGAAUUUGGAUUAUUUGAAUUAUUUGUCUGAUAGAAUUGCAUCUGAUAUUAAUCCUUUGAAAGAUUGGAUUGACGCUAAUCCUGAUUAUUUAUUAAUUCUAUCAUCUGACCAUGGUACUGAUGAUGUUUCGAAUGGCUACGUUCUUCAUGGUUACUCUAGAGAUGGUAAUGAAGGUUAUGUCAUGCUGUACAACCCAAGAUUGAAGCCAUAUGAGGAAAGGCUUGACAUUGUGGAUGUGUGUCCAACUGUUGCAAAGUACUUGGCAGGUGUUGAUAUUCCUGCUGACAAUAUCGGAGUUUCACGAGCAUACUUUGGUGGGGAUGAUGAAUCACUGCGAUAUAGAUCAUAUGUGCUUAAGGAAAGUUUGGUACAGUUGACUGAUACCACCACUAGAAGAGGAACGGAUUUGUUGAGAUCGGUUUCAUCUAUUUUGAAUUUAUUGAAAAUGGAAAUUGAAGAUUUGGCAUUUAGUGAAAAAUUUAAAGAUAUCAACGAGUUUAACGAAGAGCUUUCAAAAUUGGCAGUAGGAAUGAAAAGAAAGCUCUACCAACUACUCGACAAGCCAGUGUUUUGGGUAUUUUUCUAUGGAUUCUUUGCCUUAGUCAUGGUUGUCAUUGGUUUGUACAGAUUCAAUUUCCAUGCCAUCCACUUAAUGGCAGAAAAAUUCUUUUCCAAGUCACUCUAUUUAUUAGGAAUUUUAAUACCACUUUAUUUUGGUUCCUAUGUCAACGUUCUUUUCUGUUGGGAUACAUGGAAGAAUGUUGUUCGCAGUGGCGCUCCAUUUUUCGUUUGGCAAGGAUUUUUGACGGUCGUUUUGUUCUUUGUUUUAUAUCAGUGUGCGAUUCAUUUACUGAGAAGUAACACAAAGAGUGAUAAGGAGAAACCUUCAGAAAAUUUUUCACUGAUUGGAUGGAAAAUGUUUAUUUUCUGCAUUAUUGACAUGACUUUCUUUGCCCUUUAUAAUUUGUUUAGACGACAAUGGAAAUGGGGAAUGGAGUAUAUUUUACCUCUUCAAUACUUUGCUCUGAUUCACUUUAUUUGUGAUUUUUGUGGAUAUAGCGUCUUUGGACUGAUGACCUCAGGUGCUCUUUAUGUUGUUCGAAAAAUACGACGAUCGACUCCAGUACCAACAAAGAAGACAGCCAGUAAGAACUCAUGGUUCCACUUCUUUUACUGCUUUGUCAUGAUGAUGCUGUUAUUCUUGUUUGAAUACACGAGUGUGCGAGAGACUGCACCUCAAGAGCAAAAAGCCCUCUAUGUGCACUAUUACACCGUUGCUGGAUUCCAUAUUUACUAUUUAGCAUUCCUUAUUAUGGCAUUUGUGUAUACAUGUUUUGUGUUGCUUUUCAAUCCAAAGCGUCUAGAUAGACUUCUUAUUCCUGCAAUUUUAUAUGCUUUUGCCUUAAUGAGAGACACUCCAUACGGUAGAGUUGUGACUUUGCUCCAAAACAUUCAAUACUUUUACUUCCUCGUUCCUGCCUAUAUUAUUGCCAAUAAGUAUUGCUGUAAAGUCAAAAAGGAAGAUAAGGGCUAUUCAUCCAGUGCCAGUUCCCCAAAUUUUGAAGAAGAAGAGACCAAACAUCACUUUUUCGAUCUUCUCCAACUUGUCAUGUGUGUUUUCUUUAUGAAUCACUUCAUGUAUGGAUUCCACAUUGGCAAAGAAGAACGAUUGGAUGUUGAUGCCCAUCCAAUGGCUGGUGCUGUUGGCAUGAAAUCUCAUCAACAACAUCCAAACUUUAAUGCAUUCCAAAUGGGUUACGAACGAUGGCAUAUGGCAUUGAUUUGCACCUUAUACUUUUGGUCUGUGUUGCAUCGUGAAAGAGAUGAAGGUCCGCUCACAAAGUCAGAACAGGAAAGCAGAGAUUCUGACAGGUAUUAUGUCACUGAUGUCAUCCUCAACACUUUUACUCUCAUGGUUUUGAAUGCUCACGUUUUUGUGAAUCUCAUGCUUUGUUAUAUUACCAUGGAUCAUGCUUUUCAGGAAACCAUUGUCUAUCUGAUUGUCAUUGCUGUUUCUGCCACCUUGUUUUCAGUAUUCAACAUGAUUACAAGGUAUUCUGUGUUUGUGAUUGAGUUUAUUCUUAGUAAGGUUCCUAAUGGAAAGUUCAAAACAUUGGUACAGCAAGUGUUCUUGAGUCAAAAUGAACCCGAGAUGGAUGAUAUUCUUCCUCUUGUUGGGAAUAAUAUGAUGAAUGGCACAAACUCGAAAGAUGUUUAA